CUCCCCCCGCCUUGAGAAUCAAAACCGGUCUCCAACCUCAAGGUUCGGUUCCACCAGUUGCUUUCUCUAUUCAUAGGAACCAGCAAGCAAAUAACAUACCCAAUUGCUCUGUAGCAGCUCUAAUGUCCCUCGAAACCUUCUCUUACGGCGACCACGCCCUGCAAACGAUAACUGUUGCAGAUCUACACCCCGCACAACCCCUCAACGAUGCGGACACAGGAAUAGGAACAAACACAGGAACGGAUGCUAGGUACUGGGUGAUCCUAAUCCACGGCGGCGCCUGGCGCGACCCAACCCAAACCUCCGAGUCCUAUCUAACGCCCGCCCUCGAGAUCCUCCGGAAGACUUCCAGCACAACCUCUCCGCUCCCCAUAAGCCGCCUCGCCUCCAUCUCCUACCGUCUCAGCGCACACCCAUCGCAUCCACAAGACCCCUCAACUGAACCAACCAACACCCUCCGCGCCGCAAAACACCCAGAUCAUCUAGCGGACAUCCACGCCGCACUCGCGUUCCUGCAGGCAAAGUACAAGUUCGGGAGUAACUAUGUACUCGUCGGGCAUAGUUGUGGAGCAACACUAGCGUUCCAGGCGGUUAUGCGGGGAAUUUCCUCUGGAAAAGAGUGUGCGGCGCCCACUGGAAUCCUUGGCAUGGCCGGAAUUUAUGACCUAAGGCUUCUGCGGGAUUCGCAUAGGGAUAUCUCGGCGUAUCAGGAGUUUAUUGAGGGGGCGUUUGGGGACGAUGAGCCUCUGUGGGAUUCUGUUUCCCCGGCUGUUGUGGAGGGGAAAGAAGGGGUUCUGGGGUGGGAGGAGGGGAGGGCGGUUGUACUUGCGCAUUCGGAGGAGGAUGGGUUGUGUGAUCUUGCGCAGAGUUUGAAGAUGAAGGAGACUUUGGGAGCGUGGGAGAAAAGUGGGAAUGAAAGAAGGGAGAUUCAUUUCCUUUCCAUUAAGGGGGAGCAUGAUGAGGCGUGGGAGAAAGGGGAGGAGCUUGCGAGAGGAAUCGUAUAUACUUUCGAGAAGCUGCAGGAUCUGAAAGUUUAGACUGACGGAGACUUGUAGUUCGAGAGGUAUACAGUAAAUAAAUUGUCGAGAUAGACCGUAUUUGAUUCGUUAUGUUCCACCAUAGAAGGUAUCAUGAAACUAGUGCACAUUAGAAAAGAAGAAAAUAGACCGGCCAUUUUCAGACUUCAACUCCCCAUGGUCGUUAUCAUACUCGCACAAAAAAAAAACCAUACGCCUGAUGCUUCGAAGUUCGGAGGGCCAACCACGGAAAGGAAAACGAGAACAAGUUCGAAAAAGAAAAGACCAUGCGCCGCCCGCUGAGGGCAUGCAAUUUCAACAAUGGUCAGAGAAGCAUCAUAUCUCAGCGGCCAAGGUCCAUCGAUGCGGCAUCACCACGAGCUGCCUCCCUGGAGUCGACGGUUUGCGCCUCGUCCUCCUCAUCUUCCUGCUCCUCCUCCUCAUCGUCCUCAAUGUAUUUCACCUGAACGUCGGCAUCCUGAAGACGAGUCCUAGUCUCUUCGCGGAAACGGUCUUGCCAGCGCGCAAGAGCAGCACUAGAGUGGACACGGAAGCCAUAGAUGCGCGGUUCAUAGCGACGGGUGCUCUUCUCGGGGAGGAGGUGCGGGAAUACCUGGAAGAGCAUGCUGGUGAAAGAGGCACCAAAGUACGCGCCAUCGAUGGAGGCAUGUCUGGACGACUUGGGGUUGUAAAUGUCUUCGCACUUGGAGCAGAAGAGGCGGACGGUGCUCAUGUUUGCGAUAUCGUGCUGGCCGGUGGGGAGAAGAGGAUGGCCCUCGCACAUUACACGGGGGCAUUUUCCGAAAUCGCCUUUCUUGUACUUUUCGGCCUA